AAGUCAUGAUAGCAGGUCCUCGUCGCUCGAAUAGGGAGGAAUCUCUGAGCAAAUGAGCUGGCUGCGCCGGAAAGCCCCCCUGCAAGGGCAUUACCGAGCAAAACGUAGUUUCAAAGAUUCGGAUUUCCUGAUGAGUGAUCCUAGCCUAUUAGCAUGCUGAGUGAUUUCCGAAGUUUAUCUCGGAAACCGCCGGAACUGCUCCGCUUUGUAUCUUCAAGUCUCAUACGUAGGACUGUGCUUUUUCCUGCCUCUCCUCCUCCAUCUUCUUUUCCGCCGUCUAUAUCGACAAAAUAAUUAAGUCAUCGGUGAAUCUCUUUAAAUCUAUAAUCGUGUUUGAGAAUGUCGUAUAUGCCACUGAAUACCCCCGCCGACGGCGAGGAAGACGUGAGAGGGACAGCCGAGUUGAAUAGAGGGGAAUGGUCCAAUCGAUCUAAGAUCUCAGAGAGUUCACGGAGCUCGCGCCUGACAACCGUCAUCAAGUGUGCCGCAAUCGCUCUACUCGUAAUAGGAUCCUUCGCCUUUGGCCAAAAGACAGCUAGCCCCGAGUAUAUUUCUACUAAGGCAAAAGUAACGGAGCCCGAAUCGCUCGGGACAUGUCCUCCAGACUGGAAAGAGGCUAAAGAAGCUGGCUGUGUAUACGACCUAGUGUUGUCAACCUGGAUGCAUCCCCGUUGUUUCAAUGUGGGAUUGCACGAGAAAUACAAAGGCAUAUUGCGAGAUUUGGACUUCACAUAUUGGUUGGAGCCGGAGAUGACAAACGAAAUCUCUCUCGAAGCUGUAGAGUCAGGCGAGCAUGGAUGGGUUUGGACCGACGGACGUUUCCAUCAUCUGCACUGCGCAUACGUCAUGCAUCGAAUUCACGAGAUGUCGAAGGAGGACACGAGGGUCUUGGACACGCUCUGUAGGAGCGAGGACCACAUUCAGCAUUGUCUGUGGUUUAACGGAAAUCCAGAAUGGGAGGACGUCAAGGCACUCAACACCACGAGGAUCUUUAACGAGGAUUACCUCGUCGAUUGUUUAGUUGGUUAAUUGCAAAACGCAAAAUGUCGCAUGAAGGCUUACGACUAGCUGCGUGAGUAUGGAGUGGAUUGUCGAUUAGUAAUGAAGCUCCAUGGCAUAUGAAUGAGUUCGGAUGGUUGAGGAGGAUGGAUGGCGGGUGCUGUUCAUUUUUUUUUGGUUAUGAAGAAAUUACGAAGUGUCUUGGCUAAAAGUUUCGCGCACCUUUCGCGACUCUAACCCGUGCUUAGUGUAGUUGUUGUUGUUACUGUGUCAGCCUCAAGCUAAGCCUCAACCCUGAUAGUGCUCGUUCCGCUAGAGUUUAGUGGAUAAUCACUAUAUUUUUAGGGA